AUGGAAGGGAGAAUGGGACUGUUGUUUAUUGUGAUAUUGGGUGCUGCUUGGGCUUGUGAUGCAAGAAAAGUGGCUAACCUUGAUCAAAUGAGAAAUAAUACAACAAACUCUGGUACUUCUGAACUAAAAAUAAAACCGGAUCUGUGUGCACUUUGUGAGGAAUUUACUACCAAGGCACUGGACUAUCUGAAGCAAAACAAGACCAAUCAAGAGAUCAUUGAUAUCCUGCACAACACAUGCCACCUGCUUCCCUCUUUCAAGCAGAAGUGCACUGCUUUGGUGGACUAUUAUAUUCCUACGUUCCUCUCGGAAGUAGAUUCAAUUCAGCCUAGAGAAUUCUGCCACAAGAUCAUUAUCUGUCAACAAAUUGAAUAUAUUUCCUUGCAAGUUCAAGAAGAUACUUGCGAGUUUUGCGAAGAAACUGUUUCAACUCUAUUGGCUAAGUUGAAAGAUAGUGACACUAAGCUAGAGAUAAUUGAGGCAUUACUGAAGGUGUGCAAUUCAGUGGAGAAGUAUGCAAAUAAGUGCAAGAAAAUGGUUUUGGAGUAUGGAGUCCUGGUUUUUGACAAUGCUGAGAAAUUCCUAGAGAAUCUGGAUAUAUGCACUUCUUUGGUAGAUUUUUCUUUCGGGAGAGAGAGGCAGAGAGCAUCCCAGACAGAUGAAGCAUCUUGUUUUUGUUCAUGGAAGCUAGACUCCCUCUUGGAUUCUGAACCAUUCCUUGCACCAACCACACGGCACACCCAAAAUUGUGCCCUUGUAACUUUCGAAGUACUAAAGGUGAUUUAUGGCCUUAACACUUAG